CCCGCUGGCCUUGGAGUAGGCGCCCGCGCCCUCGGCCUCGGCCUCUGCCUAGUCAUGCUCCGUCCCGGCGCGCAGCGGCUGCGGGGCCUCCUGCUGCGGAGCUGCCCGCGGCGGGGCUCUCCCGGGCGUCCGCGCUCUGUCUGCGGCCGGGAAGGAGAGGAAAAACCACCCUCAUCUGCAGAAACGCAAUGGAAAGACAGAGCAGAAACAGUGAUCAUUGGAGGUGGCUGUGUUGGUGUGAGUCUGGCUUAUCACCUGGCCAGAGCAGGGAUGAAGGAUGUGGUCCUGCUGGAGAAAUCAGAGCUCACGGCUGGAUCUACCUGGCACGCAGCAGGUUUAACAACUUACUUUCAUCCUGGAAUAAACUUGAAGAAAAUACAUUAUGAUAGCAUCAAACUUUAUGAGAAACUGGAAGAAGAAACUGGGCAGGUGGUGGGAUUCCAUCAGCCAGGUAGUAUCAGACUUGCUACCACCCCUGUAAGGGUAGAUGAAUUUAAAUAUCAAAUGACUCGGACUGGCUGGCAUGCAACAGAACAGUAUAUCAUUGAACCUGAAAAAAUUCAAGAGAUGUUCCCUUUACUCAACAUGAAUAAGGUUUUAGCUGGAUUGUAUAAUCCUGGAGAUGGUCACAUUGAUCCUUAUUCUCUAACUAUGGCCCUGGCUGCUGGGGCUAGGAAAUAUGGUGCCCUUUUAAAAUAUCCUGCACCAGUAACUUCUCUGAAAGCCAGGUCAGAUGGAACAUGGGACGUUGAAACACCACAGGGGUCUAUGAGAGCAAAUAGAAUUGUGAAUGCUGCAGGAUUUUGGGCUCGUGAAGUAGGUAAAAUGAUUGGACUAGAACAUCCUCUCAUUCCGGUUCAACAUCAAUAUGUUGUUACAUCGACUAUACCUGAAGUGAAAGCUUUGAAACGAGAACUCCCUGUGCUCCGUGACCUGGAAGGAUCAUACUAUCUCCGACAGGAAAGGGAUGGGCUUUUGUUUGGUCCAUAUGAAAGUCAGGAGAAAAUGAAAGUUCAGGACUCCUGGGUCACCAAUGGAGUUCCUCCAGGUUUUGGAAAGGAACUCUUUGAGUCUGAUCUAGAUCGAAUCAUGGAACACAUUGAAGCUGCCAUGGAAAUGGUUCCUGUCUUGAAAAAGGCUGACAUCAUCAAUGUCGUCAAUGGUCCUAUCACGUAUUCUCCUGACAUUCUGCCUAUGGUGGGGCCCCAUCAGGGAGUCAGAAACUACUGGGUGGCUAUAGGCUUUGGAUAUGGCAUAAUCCACGCUGGUGGGGUAGGGAAAUAUCUCAGUGACUGGAUCCUGCAUGGAGAACCUCCUUUUGAUCUGAUAGAAUUGGAUCCAAAUCGCUAUGGCAAAUGGACAACCACCCAGUACACUGAGGCCAAAGCAAGAGAAUCAUAUGGAUUCAACAAUAUUGUUGGUUACCCUAAAGAAGAACGGUUUGCUGGGAGACCCACUCAACGAGUCAGUGGGCUCUACCAAAGGCUGGAGUCUAAGUGUUCCAUGGGGUUCCAUGCUGGCUGGGAGCAGCCACACUGGUUCUACAAACUGGGCCAAGACACUCAAUACAGGCCAAGUUUUCGUCGCACAAACUGGUUUGAGCCUGUGGGCUCAGAGUAUAAACAGGUUAUGCAAAGAGUAGGGGUAACUGACCUAUCACCGUUUGGCAAGUUUAACAUCAAAGGCCAAGAUUCCAUUAGACUACUGGACCAUCUCUUUGCAAAUGUCAUUCCAAAGGUGGGUUUUACAAAUAUAAGUCACAUGUUAACACCCAAAGGUCGAGUGUAUGCUGAGUUGACUGUUUCUCACCAAUCUCCUGGGGAGUUUCUUUUAAUUACUGGCUCUGGAUCAGAACUUCACGAUCUUAGAUGGAUUGAAGAAGAAGCAGUCAAAGGUGGAUAUGAUGUUGAAAUUAAAAACAUAACCGAUGAGCUUGGAGUCCUUGGAGUUGCUGGGCCACAGGCAAGAAAGGUCCUUCAGAAACUGACCUCUGAAGAUCUCAGUGAUGACGUUUUCAAGUUUCUUCAAACCAAGUCCUUAAAGGUUUCCAACAUUCCUGUCACUGCUAUUAGGAUAUCUUAUACUGGUGAGCUGGGUUGGGAGCUCUACCACAGAAGAGAAGAUUCUGUGGCACUGUAUGACGCUAUCAUGAAUGCAGGCCAGGAGGAGGAAAUCGACAAUUUUGGAACCUAUGCCAUGAAUGCCUUACGCCUGGAGAAAGCCUUCAGAGCCUGGGGGUCAGAGAUGAACUGUGAUACAAAUCCUUUGGAAGCUGGACUGGAAUAUUUUGUGAAGUUAAAUAAGCCAGCAGACUUCAUAGGAAAGCAAGCACUGAAACAGAUUAAAGCCAAGGGGCUGAAACGAAGACUGGUCUGCCUCACCUUGGCGACGGAUGAUGUUGAUCCAGAGGGAAAUGAAAGCAUCUGGUACAAUGGCAAGGUGGUUGGCAACACGACAUCUGGAAGCUAUAGCUACAGCAUCCAGAAGAGUCUGGCGUUCGCAUAUGUCCCUGUGGAACUAAGUGAAGUGGGACAGCAAGUGGAAGUUGAACUAUUAGGCAAAAAUUACCCAGCAGUCGUCAUACAAGAACCUUUGGUAUUGACCGAACCAACCAGAAACCAGCUUCAGAAAAAAGGUGGAAAGGACAAAACUUGAAAAAAGACCUUUAGCAGUCAACUGAAUUGGAGUUGCUAAUGACUGUCCUUGAAAUUAUCAUAAUUGGUUCCCAGGGGAAUAGAGGAAACCAGGAAUUCAUUUCAAAAUCAUGAAAGUCUAGAUUUAGAAUCUUAACGAAACCUUUCUGUUAAGUGUUUUCUAAGCAAGACAGAAUAAUAAAUAAAUGAUUUACAUUUUUCUUUUAAAUGAAGAAAUUUGAAAUGAAUUUUUUUUUUAGUACCCCACAUUACCCAGUCGGCAAAACAUUUAGGUGUUUGCUAAUAUAUACAAUCAUUACUAUAAACGAAUUAAAGGACAUUUUAUAAUUUUAGUAACAAAUGCAUUCGGUUCUUGAUAGCUGAAAACAAAUUAAUAAAUUAUCUUUUACAUGAAAACAUGUAUAAUAUUGUUGAUGGAUUUACUUCAUAGAGAAAUCUUUCCUUAGAUGAAUAAAUGAUAGUUUUAAUUUUUCAUGA